CUCGUAGAUCUCGAACGGACGGUGGAAAACUCGUUGUGAUUUCCGUUUAUCACUUUUCGUUUUGGUGUUGCGUGGAUUUUUUUGGUUGUUGCUGGAAGCGAACAUGUGCGACGAGGAUGUCUCCGCUUUGGUCGUCGACAACGGGUCCGGCAUGUGCAAGGCAGGAUUCGCAGGAGAUGACGCUCCGAGGGCAGUUUUUGCCAGCGUCGUCGGUCGUCCACGCUAUCAAGGUGUGAUGGUGGGAAUGGGACAGAAAGACUCCUACGUCGGAGACGAAGCUCAGACGAAACGGGGCGUUCUCACCGUCAAAUACCCCAUAGAACACGGCAUCAUAAACAACUGGGACGACAUGGAGAAAAUCUGGCAUCACACCUUCUACAACGAAUUGAGGAUCUGUCCGGAGGAACAUCCUGUUUUGUUAACGGAGGCUCCGCUCAAUCCCAAGAUCAAUCGCGAGAAGAUGACUCAAAUCAUGUUUGAGACUUUUAACUGUCCAGCAAUGUACGUGGCAAUCCAAGCCGUCUUAUCCUUAUAUGCCAGUGGCAGAACCACCGGCAUCGUCAUGGACUCCGGGGACGGCGUCUCGCACACCGUCCCCAUUUACGAGGGUUACGCCCUACCACACGCCAUACUGCGCAUGGACCUGGCAGGACGCGACCUCACCGACUAUCUGAUGAAGAUCCUCACCGAGCGAGGCUACAGCUUCACCACCAGCGCCGAACGCGAGAUCAUCCGCGACCUCAAGGAGAAAAUCUGCUUCGUAGCCCUCAACUUCGAACACGACAUCGCCUUGUCGGCAACGUCCAGCUGCUACGAAAAAUCCUACGAACUCCCCGACGGCCAGAUCAUCACCCUGGGCAACGAACGUUUCCGCUGCCCCGAGGCCAUGUUCCAGCCCUCGCUGCUCGGCAUGGAAACCCCCGGCAUCCACGAGACCACCUACAACUCCAUCAUGCGCUCCGACAUGGACAUACGCAAAGAUCUAUACGCCAACACGGUGCUGAGCGGCGGCAGCACCAUGUUCCCGGGCAUCGCCGAUCGCAUUCAGAAGGAGAUCGCCGCCCUGGCGCCCGCCUCCAUGAAAAUCAAGAUAAUAGCGCCGCCCGAACGUAAGUAUUCGGUGUGGAUUGGCGGCAGCAUCCUGGCCAGCCUGACCACCUUCCAGCAGAUGUGGAUCUCCAAGCAGGAGUACGACGAGUCCGGGCCGGUGAUUGUACACAGGAAAUGUUUUUAGGGUGUGACUAAAGCAGUAUUUAUUUAUUUUUGUAUCUGUUGGA